AUGGAAAAUAUACUUUAUUACGUUUCGGAUUUUGUUACUGACAAAUUGGCGGUUUUUGCAAGUGAUGAAAUUGCUGUUGGUAAAGACGAGUCUUAUCCAUUACAUGAUGCAGUGGCCGAAGAGGAUAUUAUGAAGAUAUUCAAGCUACUGAAGUCGAUACCAGUCGAUGCGGAGAAGCCACGAGGCAAAACGGCUUUAAUAGAGGCCACUUUAAGGCCCUAUACGCCAAAAAACAUUGAGAUAAUGAAGCUUCUUCUACGAAAAGGGGCCGAUCCUAUGAAACAAUUUCAGAAUAGUUGUGCGGCGUAUUAUAUCUUACGGAGUAAGAAUAAGGAUAUGAUGAAUUUUUUAUUGAAAUAUAUAAAAGAUGUCAAUGGCCCGAUAUUAUACGACUUGAAACUCAUAGACGUAGCUUCAAAGAAAGGUUACAGUGAAAUUGUAGAGGCACUCAUAGAUAUGGGUGCAGACUUGACGGCACGCAACUAUCAAGGUAUGACUUAUUUGCAUCAGGCGGCUUUCAAUGAAGAACCACGCAUACUGAAAAUUUUAUUGGAUGCUGGGAUGGACGUGAAUGCACAAGAUAAUUAUAGCCGUACAGCAGUACAUUAUGCCGCGGCGAAAAAGAAUCUCCUUAGCCUACAAGUUCUCCUAGAGAAAAACCCAAAUAUAAAUGCCGUCGAUCGUCGGCACAACACACCUGCGAACGUGGCGGCCAAAGAGAACUUCUACAAUUACUACGACGUAUUGAAAGUUCUUUUAGAGCACGGAUGUGAUAUAAAUAUUCCAGAUGAAUUUCGAAAUACACCCUUACACAAUCUUUUUUUGCGUUACCAUCCAAUCCCAGUGGGAUGUGUAAGCUUGCUGAUCGACCACGGGGCUGAGAUAAAUGCUUUGAAUAGCUUUAGUUCAUCGGCCCUUCAUUUAGCAGUUAGAGGGAAUCACGAACUCAUUUGUGAUUUGCUUAUCAGGAAAGGCAGUAAGAUGGACGGGAAAAAUACGUCUCGUUUGACACCCCUAGAAAUGAAUGCAAGAUCGUCCCCAUCCGUUCUUUGCGUCGUCAAACACCUAGCCAUAGUGCACCAUCUGCGAAAAGAAAAGUUGAAUUCACAUAUGUUAGGAAUCAUCAAUUCUGAUCCGAUUUCAAGAGAGUUUUGGAAUAAUUGCUGCGAUGAAAUCGCUCAACUGGAUAAUUGUAAAGUACAAGGAUCGAACCUAAAUUACACCAUGCUCUAUUUUCUGAACAGAAAAGUAAUCAAUUCUUUGAGGAAUGAAGAAUUCUGCCAAAAAAUUUCUUCUUCUGAACUUAGCGCUUUUCCAAUUUAUGGAAACAUACUUUAUAGCAAUUUUCUGACAGGAUACAGGGCAAGGAUGUGGGAAGAAUCAGCUGAACAAUAUCUGUACACGUUAUUUAGAGAUAGACUUCCUUAUGAUUGUAUCAGAGACAUUGUCACCUUUUUUUCCAUAAAAGAUUUGGAAUUGUUGGUACAAAAUAAUUUUGCGGAAUAUCGUAUGGAAAAAGAAAGGAAGAAAAAUAGGUAUUUUUCACAGUAUCUCCUUGUGAUGCACGUGAUAUUUAUCGGUGCUGCCUUGAUGGUGAAAUAA